AUCCAAGGAUGUUAAUGUUUGUGCCAUAAAAAUAAUUCACUCCCUCAAUCAUAUUCUGUCUCUCAUUCAACAGUCCUUUCAAGUUACCUUCCAAAUCCAUUUACAAAAAAAAAAGGUACCCCACAAGCCAUGACCACCACCAUUUCAAAACCUUCCUUGCUCCAUACCCUCUUUCACCAUUCUUGAAAUGUCUUCUCUCUUCACUUCUCUAUCCCACUCCAAGAAACUCUCUCUUUUCCUAAACCUCUCCUUCAUCUCUCUCCUCUCCUUCUUUCUAUCAACCGGCCAUGUCUAUACUUCUCCUCCGGCCUCCUCCAAUAUCGCCGGAUUCUUCCUCCGGCUUAACGCCGGCCCAAAUCCAGGUUCCUGCCCAAACCUCAACCAAUUCACAGAUCACAAUUCAAAAUGUCAUUACAUCAAAUCAGAACCAACUUGCAGGCCAAAAGGUUACAUAGAUUAUCUCCAAAUCUUCUAUUGUUUAUGCGGACAAUCUCCUCCAAUCGGCUAUACUCUCCUCAUCUUAUGGCUAGUAGUCUUAUUCUACCUACUCGGAAACACAGCCUCUGAAUACUUUUGCCCCUCCAUUGAAAGCUUAUCAAGAGUCUUGAAACUCUCCCCCGCUAUCACCGGCACCACUCUCCUUCCUUUAGGAAACGGAGCCACCGACGUCUUGGCGAGCAUAGUCUCGUUUACUCGUUCCGGAGAGGGCGAUGUUGGUUUGAACUCAGUAUUGGGCGGCGCUUUCUUCAUAUCGAGUGUGGUCGUAGGUAUCAUAUGUGUCUUGAUUCAUUCUCAUAAUAUUUCGGUUGAUAAACCGAGUUUCAUUAGAGAUAUUAUCUUCUUCUUGUUCUCUCUUUCGGCUCUCAUGUUCAUCAUCAUCCUCGGGAAAAUCAACGUGUGGGGAGCUAUUUCAUUCGUUUCGAUUUACUUCGUGUAUAUAUCGUUCGUUUCCGUCAUGCAUCUCAUGUCGAGAAAGCGGGAGAGAGUCGUUAAUCUCUCUGGUAACACUCCGUCGACUUCCGGCGAGAUUGGAACUCCGUUGUUGGACGAAGAGAAGCUCAUUUCGAUGGAAAAGGAGACCAUUAAUCCUCCUCUUAUUCUUCUUCCUCCUCCAAUUCACGUUGAAAAGGAAGUUAACUUCUUCAUCAAGCAAUUAUCAUGGGUGACUUACGUCAUGGAAUUACCGCUCGAUUUACCUAGAAGACUAACUAUACCGGUGGUAAGAGACGAGAAAUGGUCGAAAGGAUUCGCGGUAACCUCGGUAUCAUUAGCACCGGUCCUAUUAGCGACGUUAUGGAAUACCCAAAAGGAAAACAUGACAUCGAACGUGCUCAUGGAAAUCUACAUGACGUCAGCCCUAAUCGGAUUAGUCCUCGGAAACCUAGCAUUCGUGGCGACAAACGGGACUAACCCUCCCGAAAAAUGGCUUCUCCCGUGGAUAGGAGGCGGGUUUCUAAUGAGCAUAACGUGGACAUACAUAAUCGCGGAGGAAUUAGUCUCGUUGCUGGUAUCAGUCGGGGGAAUUAUGGGUAUCAGCCCUUCAAUACUAGGGCUAACCGUGCUAGCGUGGGGUAAUUCAAUGGGAGACGUAAUAGCGAAUAGUUCGUUAGCUGUGAAAGGUGGAGUGGACGGUGCACAAAUAGCGAUUUCGGGGUGUUAUGCAGGUCCAUUGUUCAACACUUUGAUAGGUUUGGGACUUUCACUUGUGUUUGCUUCAUGGUCGGAAUACCCGAAUUCAUAUGUGAUCCCAACUGAUCCUUAUCUAUUCGAGAUUCUAGGGUUUCUCAUGGCUGGAUUGUUAUGGGCACUUGUGAUAUUGCCAAGGAGGAAUAUGCAAUUGGAUAGGUCUUUGGGAGGUGGAUUAUUGGCUAUUUAUUGUUGUUUUAUGUUUAUUAGGUUUUCUAGAGCUUCCGAGCUCUUUUGAAUUGAUCAUCAUAAACCAAUUAUAUCAUAUAAUCCAUAUAUGCCAUUACCAACAUGUAAUUUCCCUAACCCUUUAGAGAAAACAUAAAAAGAUAUACUUACUAUUAUAUUUUUUUUUUCAUUUUUCAA